CCUCUCACAGCGGUGCAUCGCGGAGGUUUGGAAGCGGGUGGGGAAGACUCGGGCAGCGACAGACCCUGUUACGCUACAAAUUUGUUUGCGGGGUUGGGUUGCCCGGACCGAUUUCAAGCUUACUACCAUCGUAUCUGCUCUCACAUCUCAGCCUAGACCUGACAUCCCCUCUAAUGUCGGAUUUCAAGCUUGGGAUCGUUCGACUUGGCCGUGUGGCCGGGAAGACAAAGUACACUUUGAUCGACGAGCAGGACAUACCUUUAGUGGAAAACUAUGCCUUUGAGGCACGAAUGGAAGUUGAUGCAGAUGGGAAUGGGGCAAAAAUCUUUGCUUAUGCCUUUGACAUAGGCAAGGGCAGGUGGGCAGGUCGACCACUGCAUGAGUUACUCUGGGAGAAACACAGAGGAGGCAUCGCUCCAAGUUUCCAAGUAGUUCACAUAAAUUCGGUCACAGUGGAUAAUCGUCUAGAUAACCUGCGUCUUGUUCCUGCGGGAUGGAGUCCGAAACCUGAAGAACUGUCCAGCAAACAAAGAGAGCAGUCGCUCUACUGGUUGGCCAUCCAGCAGGUUCCUGCAGACCCGGUAGAGGAGCAGUAUCUGGAGCUGAGUCGCACACGUUACUACAAUGCUAAUGGGGAGCUGGUGGAAGAAGAAGAGUGCUCCUGCACUUACUAUGAGUGUCACUACCCACCCUGCUCACUCAUUGAAAGGAGGCUGAGAGAGUUCAACAUCUGUGGCCGAUGCCAGGUGGCGCGCUACUGCGGCUCGCAGUGCCAACAGAGGGAUUGGCCAGCCCAUAAGAAGCAGUGUCGUGAACGUAAACGAGUUCUGGCGCUGGAGUCUGAACCUGAGCGAUGAUCUCCUCCACCCCAGUUUUAAGAGUGGUGGUCAAAGGGGUAUGGGUGAGACUUGAGAUGAAAUGCAAAAACAGACUGAUAGGCUAGGAGACAAUAUAAGUGGGCUGGAUGGGCCUGUUGGGAAAAAAACUUGCUUCCCUGAACUUUAACAUCCCCACAGCUUGCCUAUGGGGAUUAUGGGAAAGAGAUUUUUUUGUUUUUGUUGUUGCCGUUCAGAGGAGGUCUUUAAGGCUCCACCUGCUGCUAUGAAUGUGUGUUUAAUGAAGAAAACACCAUGCUGUCAUAACUCUAUGGACUGCAAGAAUUGACAGUCAUGUGCUUGCUUGUUCCAUCCAUCCACCCAUCAUGAAGUAUUAGGCACUGGUAUCGAGGGACAAAACUGCUGUACAACUAAAUGGAAUACGGACCUCUUCACUGUACUACCCUUUCCUCUCCUGUUUGAACUUUUUGUGCACAUAACCAAGCACAUAGUGAUCCACCUGCCAUACCUUCUACAAGUAUACAGCCAAUAGCUGUGCAAAACCACACCACCAGUAUUGUGUGUGUGCACGCGCAAUGCCAUUAUUGACUGAAGGACAUGGAUGAAAUGGUUGAAUGUUUCCAUGACUUUUUCUCUUUUUUAUUUUUUAAUUUGUCAAAUGGAAGUUUUUGAAGGGAGGAGUCUUGGGGAAUAUGCCUACUUGGGGAAGGCAGUGUCACUUUUUGCAUACCCAUUUUUGAAAUGCAUCACAAUCCUAUUUACAAUUUCCACACUUGUAAUGUUUAGUUUUGCUUAGCAUAACAAGCACCCAGUUUAGAUGGAUGUCCUGGGAAAAACUUGAAAACCCACAAAGAAAGUUGACUGAAUAAUGUUGUCAAUGUGUAGUUGGAUGUAAGUUGUUAUUUGGGUCCCAGUCAUUCAAUAAUUAGUCUUCUGUUUGUCUUAAACUCUGUCAAAGUGAAUAUUACUUGGUUAAUUUUUUUAGCAAUCUCUCAUCUUGAUUAAAAAAUGUGCACACAAGUUCCGAGUGUGUCUUCCUGUUACGUCAAGGGCAACUUUACCAAACUGUGACGUGCACAUACAAAUACGCAUGUAUAAAAGAUGUGAUGUUUGUCUGCGUGCGUAUUCUGAAUAAUUUAUUUAUCUGGUUGGGUUGAACACUGUGCACUGAAUAUCCACACAUUGAUUCUCGCUCUUUCUAUGAAAUGGGAGUAUUGGGUAAGUUGGGCGUCUGUUCUUUUUAUUUUUUCUAAGCUAUUACUAUACAAACAUUAAAUACAUAAUAUGUGAAUGGACAAAGUUUGUGAUAACUGACCAUUUCUUGUCACUGUAAAAUAUAAAGUAAAUAAAUAAAAUAUGAAAUGUGUAAAGGUAA